UUGCCAGAAGAGUUGAAGCUGUUAUAGCUGCAAAGUGUGGGCCGAGAUCAUUUUAAACCCUAUGGAUUAAGAAUGGGAUAACACUCAAUUUCAUAUGCGUGUGGAGGCAGACGAGCAAAUACUUUUGGCAAUAUAGUGUAGCUGUUGUGAAAAAUACAUACUGAUCUGAACAGGUAACUCAUAGAUUUGGCUUAUGGUAGAGUUGCAGAUACUGCAGUAUUUAAGACAACAAGUGCUGUAGCUAUAAGAGUUGCUGUGGUUGUUGUAGCCAGGUUUUUGUGGCCUAAUGAGUGUGGAUGGGAGGAAUUGCAGGCAGUUUUAAGUCCUGGAAGUUCAGAAUAUAGUUGUAAAGCUAUUAUUAUAUUUUCACUUAUAACAGACUAGUACUUGUGAACGUCUGGAACGUCUGUUAAAAUAUAGUUACUGAGUAGCACCUAUGAGAUGAAAUAGCAUGGUAUACAAGCGCGCAGUGUGUUGAUGUGUUGAUGUUGUGAAUUGUGUGUUUUAUAAAUGUGUCUAAAAUUACAGAUAAAUGAGGGUUUACUGAGGUGCAGAUAAAAAAAUCAGACAAGGUGAAGUGCAGUAAUAUUUGCCUCACUGGUGUGUGCAUCCGUCACACUUUUGUAUUGCGCAUUAGUCUGGCGCAUAUUAGAGAUAAAAAGAGUAUUGUAAAAGUGCAUGAGCCCUGCAUACCUGAACAACUGGAAAAGGGAAGUGUGGCUCUCUUCCUGAAAGAAUACUUGUGUGUUGAGACCAGGGAUAAAUGCGUCAAAGCUACCGGAUAAUAACUGGAAAAUAAGCUCUGGAAUUAUUUGCUCAGACAAACAAAGUGAGGUUGUAUAGGGUGAACUCUCAGUUCUUAAAUGGGUGCCACACUAAGGCAUAUUAACACGGUGUCUCAGGGAAAAUAAAUAAGUAAAUAAAAGGAAAAAGAAAUAAAAAAUUAAAAGUGGGGGAAAAAAGAGGAGAAAACACAAUGAUGGCAAGUAAAACUCCUGUAGAAUUUAUGAUAGAGAAACAUCCUUUAUUAAUAGAACUUAUUCAAAAAUGUUCUGAAAUGUGGCAUAAUAGACCAAUAGGCCUGUUGAGUGGUCAUUUGAUGUGGACUAGUGCAAAGAGAUGGAGGUGCUAAUUAAAAAACACAAAGUUGGUGAAAAGGGAAAACCCAGGGCAGAUAAGUGCUAGUGAUAAAAGUGUUUAGAGAGAAAGAGGAAAACACUGAUCAAGUGGCUCUAGCCCUUCUCCCAUAUACUCAGAUGCCUGUUACAAAAGUAAUUAUAAUGAGAGAUCAUGAAAUGACAAAGGAGAGACAGUCAGAAUCCCUGCUGUAUCCAAUGGCUGACCUGGAGACCAUGAAAAGCAGGAAGCACUUGGGGGAGGAGGAUGUAUGCCCCAGCAAGCACAAGUCAGGAUUUAGUGAGGAGAUACAGGAGCUGUUAAGAUGAACAGAAACAGAGGGUGAGCAGUGUGUGCAGGGGAAGAGCGUGAAUAAACAUCCCAAAAGAAUGCAAUACAGAAGGAAAGAGUACUAAGGGAAAUGGAGAAAAUGGCACAAGAAAUUUCCAGCAGUGGAGAGGAGCUUUUGAGGCAGAUGUAUUUGGAAGAAAAGGAAGCGAGAGGAGAGGAGGGUAGAUUACUCUCCACCCUUCCUGCAUGACCUUCAGAAGUGGAAAGAAGGCAGCAUAUCAAGCUACUUUGUUUGUCAAAGACAAUCAAAUGAACUCUGUACCAUGUGGUGUAUGGAUUUAGAUGGUUUAAUACAAUGAUUGCUUCUAAUACAUGAUGGGGCUGGGCCAUGGAUUACUGCAUUUGAGGAUGAAAUCAUAGCAGUGAUAUUGGCAGUAGGGGAUAUAAAGGCCUUGCUGGGCAGGCUACUGGGCAAAAGUACAAUGGAAGAAGUGUUGAUUGGUGCAGGAAUGACUAUGCAUGUGAGAACUCAGAAAGGAGAUGGAAAUCCCUUCAACAUACAUCGCAACACCAUGUGGGCGGAGCUAAGGUGAAGACAUCCCACAAGAGUGAAUCCGGAUGUCAUAAUAGAACAGCAACUCAAGGACAAAGAUAAUGGACAAGCUUAUGAUUUUCAGAUGAAAAGAAAAUGGCUGCAGCACACGGGGCAGGAUUCUGAAGCUGAUUCUUGCCCCCAAGCCCCUUUAAGGAAAAAUAUCAUCAGUAGCCUACCAACACCGGUUCAAAGCAAGAUGGAAUUAGGAAUUAAAGUAGGUAGGAAUUAAAGCCAUGCGCUUUGCACAGUUUGUAGAAAAUGUGGAGCAUGUUGUUCAAAGACACAGAAAACAACCGCUUAUCUACUGGAACUGUGUACAAGUAAGCAGCAAGGAGGUAUGUGUUUAUCUACUGGACCUCUUAUCUACUGGAACAGUGUACAAGUAAGUGUAAGAGUGGAGAACUCCUCCCUAUCUUUAUUUCUGAAAGACUCUCUGGGAUGCUUUUUAUACCCAAUCAUGUUAUUGACCUGUUUUCAAUCAACCACCAGGUGUUUUUUUUUUAGCAUUACACAUCUUUACCAGCAUUUUGUUGCCCCCAACUUUUUUGGAACAUGUUGUUGGCAUCAAAUUCAAAAUAGGCAUAUAUAUUUCAAAAAACAAUCAAAUUUCUUUAAAAAGUUUCUAGUUGUCUUUGUACUAUUUUCAACCACAUAUAGGGUUCGAAAAAUAUUUGCACAUCAUUGCAUUUUAUUUUUAUUUAUAUUUUGCACGGCAUCCCAACUUUCUUGGAAAUGGGGUUAUAUAAUCUGGAAGAUUUCUAUAUCUAUAAUCUAUCCCCUGUGUGCCCUGCAUCUCAUUUAUUUAUCUACCUCAAACUCACUAAUUGCACAUACGGAAAUGUGUACAACUGUACAUAUCAUAGUUUUAUUUCAGAACUUGAUUACUGUACUUUGGGAACAGUGCAGUACUGGUGUAUAUCUAAUAUUUUUGUAUUUAAGUACUACAAGGGGGCUACGUACCUAAGGUUUUCACUCACCUGUAUAAUAAACAUGAUUUGAUUUGAUUUGAAGUGUCGGAAUUCUGUCCGAGCCUUACAGAAUACUUUUCCAUCAUGCAGAUGACAGACCCAAAGGUUGUCCAACAGGCUGUUAACACUCAGGGCCAGCUCCUGCGACAACAUCACCAAUUCCUCACUGGAUUUACUCAGUCAAUCGAGAAGGCAGUGCAGCAGGGUUGGAUGUUUUUUGAGACCAGUAUGUACUUCAUCUCUACUGGACAGAAGAGCUGGAGUGAGAGCAGAAAGGACUGCAGAGAGAGAGGAGCAGACCUGCUGAUCAUAAAUAGCAAAGAAGAACAGAACUUUACAGAUAUACUGAGACGAGGACAGAGAGCUUGGAUUGGCCUGACUGACAGUGAGACAGAGGGGGUCUGGAAAUGGGUGGACGGCUCAACAGUGACCACUGGGUUCUGGAGAAAUGGGGAACCCAACGGUGCAGCAAAUGAGGACUGUGUUGUAACUGCAAAUAACUGGGCUGAUUUUCCCUGUAAUGACUGGUUUGUUGGGAUUUGUGAGAAAAGAAUUUUUAACUGAGAUUGUUUUAAAACGAAAGUCAGUGAAUAUCAGGAAUAUCAGGCUUUAAUAUUUCUGACAUUUUAAGUUGGGUCAUACUAAAACCAUUAUCCUCUAAAUGAAGGUGGAUUACCUGCUAGAAAAACAGCAUAGACCACCAUUACUGGUUACCAGCAAAAACAGCAUAUAUUGUGUUUUGGAUGCUGUUACGCAGGGUAGGCAUGAUGGUGGACUGAAUUCAUGUUUCUAAUAUUUUUUAAAUCAGUUUUCUAGAAAUGUACAGUCAACUCUUUCAUAACUUCAUCAUCUGCUCACACUUAAAUCAUUAAGCACAAUGUAUCAAAACUAUAUAGACCAAAUCACACUGAGUUAUUUUACUAUAAACAUGUCUACUGUUAAUAAAGAUCAUUUUAAACUGUACUCACUGAUACAGACACCACAGAACUGUGUAAUAGUGUCUGUCAGUAAGAGAAAAAAGGGUUCACAUUUAUUUGAAGAGACAGAGCUGAUGAUUAUCAUAGUUACACUGACGACACCCAGAUUUACCAACUCUCUCUCCAAAUGACUACAGUCCCAUAGACACUCUGUGUCAGUGCUUAGAGCAAAUAAAUGGAUGUUUGUGCCAGAAUUUCCAUCAGCUUAACAUCACUGAAUGUGUUCAGGAUUACUUCUAAACUGAACUGUGGAGGUGUGAAAAAUAUCCCUGCAGAUUUCUUUGAAAAACUGAAAGAAAGCUUUAUGAAAAGAAUGGAAGCUGAAAUAAAAUCAAGAGUGGACACAUUUAAUACUGAAUAUUUUAACAUUAUAUUUAGUUGUUGAGGCUUCUGUGUAAUUUUCUGUUUAAUGUAGGUUUUCUGACUGUAGUCAGACAUGUGAUCAGACAUCAGAUGUGUGAUCAGAAGGUUUGAAGGCUGAAUGAAGGCAGUGCAGGAUUGUUUUAUAAUCUGUAGCCUUUUAAAUAUCUGUCUCAUACAUCUGUUUUUGUACGUUUGACCUUUUAAUCAUAUUUGCAUAAAUUUCAUUUGGAAUGUUAAACAUGUAACUGUGUAAAAACUAUAAUUGUCUAAUACAUUUAAUGGAGCUGAAAUAGCAAUCAAUCAUGAAUAUGUGUUGGUAGCAACAUUUGUUGUGAUGUUUUUAUGUUUUGAAAACUCAUGAAUAUUUUAUGUUGGUGGUGUUUCACUGCAUCAGUUGUGCAAUUAUCACCAUCUUCCUGAAUGAUUAUGGAAUGGAGUCAUUCAGAUGAAUAAAACUAAACACAUUUUUAGAAUAAUUGGUAGCAGACGUUUUUUUUUAACAAAAACAACCAUUAAACAAAAUCACACAAACCCUGUUUGGAUCUGUGCCUCAUUUUGUGAUCAAUGUGAGUUUAAUCGCAUAUGGAAUAAUAUAUAUUCCAAAUGUGUUUAUCAAAUGUAUUUUUGCAAUGUAUGAAAAUGGCCAAAUGUAUUUGUUAAAUAUAUUGUUAAAAAGCCUUUAUUUGUUACUAUAUAUUGUUUUCAAUUGUAUGCAGUUUUAAUGAAGGUUACAGAUAUAAAUAAACAUACACGAACUGAAUGAA